CUCCCCGCCGGGGCGGGGAGCGCGCAGGCUGCGGCCGCCCGGGUGCAGGGACCGCCCUGGCGGGCGAGGGGCGGUGUCUGGGCCGCCUACCCCCACCCCCACCCCCGGGCCGGGCCCGCGGCGACCACACCCCCUAGAGCUGGAGCCGGAGCCCGCGGGGCCGCCCGGCCUGACCCUGCAGCUCGGCCUCCCAGCCUCUUGCUAGGAGAGGUCUUCACAUCUGAAGGAACCGAAGUGUCUUCUCUGAACUGGGGGGAAAAGAAGGGCUGACCGACCGUGAGCGCUUCCUGUCUUGCAGCGCCCACCCUUAAACUGGAUGGCAGCACCCCCACUGCGCCGUCUAGUCCUGACCCACCUGCUGGUUGCCCUCUUUGGCAUGGGCUCCUGGUCUUCAGUCAAUGGCGUCUGGGUGGAGUUACCUGUGGUGGUUAAAGGCCUUCCCGAGGGUUGGAGCCUGCCUGCCUACCUCUCUGUGCUGGUGGCACUGGGGAACCUGGGGCUGCUAGCGGUGACCCUAUGGAGGCGGCUGGUCCCUAGCAAAGGCGAGCGGGGCCCCAUCCAGGUGGUACAAGCACUGAAUGGGGUGGGCACAGCCCUGCUGGCCCUGCUGUGGCAUCAUGUGACCCCUGUGGCAGGGCAGCCACACUCUGUGGCCUUUCUGACGCUAACCUUCGUGCUGGCAUUGGCCUGCUGCGCUUCAAAUGUCACUUUUCUGCCCUUCCUGAGCCACCUGCCCCCUCCCUUCCUGCGCUCCUUUUUCCUGGGUCAGGGCCUCAGUGCCCUGCUGCCCUGUGUGCUAGCCCUGGUGCAGGGUGUGGGCCACCUUGAGUGCCCACCAGCUGCCACCAACAGCACCCCAGGGCCACCACACCAUUUUUCAGAGCGUUUUUCUGCCAGCACCUUCUUCUGGGUGCUGACCACCCUUCUGGUGGUUUCAGCUGCCUCCUUUCAGGGUCUCCUACUACUUUUGCCAACCUCACCAUCUUCCCCUUCUGGGGGCUCAGGGCCUAACCUUCGGGUGGGAGCCCCCAGAACAGAGGAGGAAGAGGAGGAGGAGGAGGAGGAAGCUUCACCACUGCAGGAGCCACUGGGUCAGGCGGCAGGUGCCACCCCCAACCCAGACUCUAAGAAAGCUCGACUGCUCUCUGUCCGUGGAAUCUGUUUGCUGGGACUGCUGACGGUCACCAAUGCACUGAUCAACGGUGUGCUGCCCGCCAUACAGAGCUUUUCCUGCCUGCCCUAUGGACGCCUGGCCUACCACUUGGCCGUGGUGCUGGGCAGUCUCGCCAACCCACUUGCCUGUUUCCUGGCCAUGGGCGUGCUGUGCAGGUCUCUGGCAGGACUGAGUGGUCUCUCUUUGCUCGGCUUAUUCUUUGGGACCUACCUGAUAGCACUGGCAGUCCUGAGUCCCUGUCCACCCCUAGUGGGUACUUCUGCUGGCGUGGUCCUUGUGGUGCUGUCCUGGGUGCUGUGUCUGGGUGUCUUCUCUUAUGUGAAGGUGGCCGCUAGCUCCCUCCUGCAUGUGGGGGGGCGUCCUGCAUUGCUGGCAGCUGGCGUGGCCAUCCAGGUGGGCUCCCUGCUGGGUGCCGUUGCCAUGUUCCCUCCCACUAGUGUCUACCAAGUGUUCCGCAGUGGCCAGGACUGUGUGGAUCUAUGUGGCCUCUAAGCCAGGCUCUGGGGACCGCUUCUCAAACCAUUCCCUUCUCCGCCCAAAAAGUGUCACUGUACCUGUGGCCCGGAGAGGCCUUCCCCACCCAUGCUCACCCAGGGCACCUCCAUGGGAAGUCCUGACUCCGCAGGCACUGAACCAGGGUCCUUCAUCCACGUGGGAUUUGUACAAUAAAGCAUUUUUAUUUUUA